GGGGCUUGCGCGCGCGCGCGAGGGGUUCGAACAGUUCCGCAUCUAGAAAGACGAACGAGACGCGUCCACUUUUUUUCGUGCGUUUUUGCUUUCUCUUUACUUUUUUUGCAUUCUUUUUUUGUUUACUUUCUUCCCAUCUCGUGUCUUCUGUAGCUCACGUGUAACUUACUACACCUUCGACCCUUUCCACCCCCCCCCCCCCCCCGGUCUUUACGAGUGCAGCGCGCUUGCAGGCCCGACUCGCCUCGGCCAAUCCCUGUGAUGCACACUGACGGCUGAGUGCUUCGUACCGGCCUGGCCGCCCAAUGGAGGGGGCCGGUUGCUCGAGUGGAGAGGGGCGGCCCUCCGGUCGACUGCGCGUGUCUGUGGCCCUGUUGUAGUUUUAAACGGGGAAGGAGCGGGAGAGACGAUAAGGUCGAGCUGUUACAGUUGUUUUGAUUUUUGUUUGCUUUUGUUUUUAUUCUCCCCACCGCAUUUUGCCGCUACAGAAGCUGACGUUUUCUCGAAAGUUUCCAGGCGGGAAUUUCGGUUUUCUUUUUUAUUUAAUUGGGGGGUUUCUUUUUGUUCUAAUCUUGAAUACGCAUCGAGAAGACGCUCCAGUGAGUGUGAGCGCCCGACUCCGGGCUGCACGCCCCGGACGCCGAGCGGACUCAGCUUCCCGCUUUCCUCCACUGACGCCCGGCGGCUGCACUCGGACGAUGUUACAGAAAGUCUGUGAUCUUCUCCGUUUCGGCGGCCCGAGUCCCGAAAGCGCUCCUCAAUCAGACCGAGGCCUCUGGGCUUCCAUUGCAGAGCGGGGCGGCGAGCCAUCUGUGGACAAGCGGAGUUUCAACGCACAGCGGAGCGCGUUGGGCUGCAGAGUGGGCAAGCGAGCGCUGGAGAGCUUCCAGGAUGAAGCCAGCACAGGACAUGAGGGCCAGCAGGCAAAAAGAUUUCGAAUGGCAGACUGGGUUGACUCUGUGAAGGUAGCUGCUAAUGGAGUUCGGAGCAGGAGCUCAAGCGUGAUUUCUUGGGUGCGAAACACCGUGAGCCUAUCUUUAAACAGCACCCCAGAGGCUUCACCCAAGCCAAGCCAAACACCACUGGUUCCCCAGCAAAAUAACAGCCAGUUUUCUUCAGAAAAGUCAGGCUCUUUACCUUUCACCUUUCGUACUCCAUCUGUGGAUUUGGCAAGGAAGAUUGCUCCAAAGCCUGAAGUAUCCAAAAACAAGCCAGUCAUAACGACUCAGGGUCAGUUCUCGAUACCCAUCUUCAGCACUCCAGUGUGCAACUCCCAUAAGUCAAAUGGACAUUCUUUGAGUGCUGCCUCAUCGUCAAUGAAAAACUUAAAACCCAAGUUAGGGCGGAGCUUGCAUUUGGGAUCCAGAUGUUUGCAGAGUGGCAGCUUGUCAAACUUAUCCUUACAAAGCAACAGCAGCACCAGCUCACGGCCCUACACGACAAUGUACGAGAAGACGUUCCCCAUUCGUUUACCGUCUCGCGGUAGCUCAGUGCAAAGCAGUCCAAUGAGAAGUAAACACAUUCAGCCAAGACAGAUGUCAACGGUGGAAGAAAGUGUCCGUCAGGAGGAGAAGGAGGUUUACAGGCAGUUGCUGAAAGUGGUCUCAGGAAAUCCAUUAUUGCCGUCCAAAGGGGACACAACAUUUUCUGUAGUUCGCUCACACCGGGACUUAACAAGUUUCCUAAGUCCUAAUCCCUAUCUGUUAAGAAAGACUGCCAAAGGGGAAAUAAGCGAUGACUCUUCGGAGCCUAGUGAAACACCAAGCCCUAAACUAAUCUCUAGUGGUGGGUCAAGCACCAUGGCAAGUCCUUUCUGGGCAUCCAGUGACGCAGGGAGCCUAUAUUCACAGUCUAAUCAUCUUUUGGAGAGGGAUGGAAUACAGGACACUAAUUCUCAAGACACCCAGUCCUCAGCCCCAGACUCUGACUCAGUGAUAUUUGUGAAAGCCCAGAAGGCCAAAAAGAAGGAUGAGUCCAGUGCUUUCUAUUUUCAAGCAGAGCACUGGAUUAAAGAACUUUCCAGCAUGCAUGAUUCUCGGGCACGUCAGAGGAAGAAGCAAAUAGAACAGCAAAAGGCACUGACUCUUAAGUUACAGAAGCAGCGACUACAUGAGGAAGGUCAACGGGACAAAGACCACAUUGAGCUGCAUCUGCGUGUACCUCUAGAGAAGGAAGUACCAGUGACUGCAGUUAUAGAAGAAGUGCCAGUCAAGCCAGCAGAAGAGGAGUUCCCUGAGCUUACUAAGGAGAUGGAGGAGGAUGUACGGAAAGCACUUAGGGGAGAUAAUCCCGAUGAGAUCCUGAGUGAAGGUUUCCGUUUAACAAUAACCCGCAAGGAUAUCCAGACUCUGAGUCACCUGAACUGGCUUAAUGAUGAGGUUAUAAACUUCUACAUGAACAUGUUAGUGGAGAGGAGCAAACAGACUGGCUUCCCCAAGGUUCACGCCUUCAAUACCUUCUUUUUUCCCAAAGUUAAAAGUGCCGGUUUCUCAGCCGUCCGUCGGUGGACCAAGAAAGUCGACAUUUUUGCAAUGGACAUCCUUCUCAUUCCAGUGCACCUCGGUGUUCAUUGGUGUCUUGCUGUGGUAGACUUCAGAAAAAAGAAUAUCUCCUAUUUUGACUCCAUGGGUGGGAGCGACAAUGAGGCUUGCAAGACAAUACAGAAAUACCUGGAGCAAGAGAGUCUGGACAAAAAAAGCACCAAGUUGGAUACGACUGGUUGGGUCCUACACUGCAAGAAACGAAACGAGAUCCCUCAACAGAUGAAUGGAAGUGACUGUGGCAUGUUUACCUGUAAAUAUGCCGAUUACAUCACCAAAGACAAACCUAUCACAUUUACACAGAAGCACAUGCCAUACUUUCGACGAAGAAUGGUCUGGGAGAUUCUGAACAAGAAACUGUUGUAACGACUGAGAUGGUUUCCCUGCCUUGUCGUGUGAAAUUGCAGCGUUGAAUUCUAGCCAUUUAGGACAACCUCUCUGAAUGCGGCACCUUGAGGAGAUGUCUGACUGGUCAGAUCUGUUUAUACAUGGACAACAUAAAAUUGCUGCUUCAUUCUUGGUAACCAAGAUGACAGCUUGCCCUUAUUGGGCACAAUCCUGCAGCUAAAAAAAACAUUUUUAAAUAAUCAUGAUGGACACAUACUUAAAGCUGGAGCAGUUUGGUGGCAGCGGGCUGGCCUCGCGGUGCCAAGCAUUUCUAGUGAAUUAAGGAGGUGAGACCUCUAAAUCUGCACCAUGUGCCUGUCUACAAAAGAUGAUUUGAGAACUGAUUUGUAAAUGGAGGGAGGAGGGUGGGAAGCAACCAGACAAAUAUUUUUCAGAACAGCCUGGCUGUCCUGCACAGAGUUCUAUUUUCUUAUUUAUUUUGUUACAAUGGAGUGUGUUCCACUAUCUCCCUUAGGCUCCACCAAAGGGAUGUGGUUAUGCUGGACAGGGACACAUUUUGGCCUUACUGAUACUGUGCUUAUAUCUGUCAGCAAAACAGAGACAAGAACGGGUUUUCACAUUCACUUAGGUGAGAGAGACAAUAGAAAACAACUUUGUUUAGAAAAAUGCCCUUUUAUAAUAUAUAUAAUGUAUAUACAGUCUUUUCUUGUGUUGUUCUGUAUUUGAUAUAAAUUUUGUACUUUUUAAUUAUCAAUUUUGUAUUUUGUAAAGACCAGGUUGACUUUCUUUGUAGUAAUUAAAACCUGGAAGGUGUAUCUGCCGACACCACAA